GUGUUUUCAAAAUUAAAAUUAUUAUUUAAAAAAAAAAUGGUUUUGGAGGUCGCUUUUAAGCUGUCGUUGUUCUCAUUCGAUUCUGCUGUAAGAUGAUGGGACUUGGGGUUUUGAAGGAGAUAGAGCUAGGGCUUCGAUUGGGGCGGAGGAGGUUUCUGCUUGGUUUUGGUGCUCCCAGGGCUGGGAUUUGAGCUUUGGCUUUCAUCCAGUGUAAAGAGCAUGAACUCUCCAUCAGCCCAGUUUGUCACCUCAAGAAGGAUAGGAGUAUAUGACCCUAUCCACCAGAUUGGCAUGUGGGGAGAAAACUUCAAAAGCAACAGUAAUCUAAAUGCGUCUGCAUCCUUGAUCGUGGAGGAUGUGAAACUAGAUAGUCAGUCACAGGAUGCUUCUCAUGGAACAGAGGGACCUUCUAACCAAUAUGACCAAGAAGCAACUAAACCCACAGAUAAGGUACAAAGGCGUCUUGCACAAAACCGUGAGGCUGCUCGUAAAAGUCGUUUGCGGAAGAAGGCCUAUGUUCAGCAGUUGGAAACAAGUCGUUUGAAACUUAUUCAAUUAGAGCAAGAGCUUGAGCGUGCCCGACAACAGGGCUUGUAUAUAGGUGGUGGGUUAGAUGCCGGUCAUCUGGGGUUCUCUGGAACCGUAAACUCAGGGAUUACUACAUUUGAGAUGGAGUAUGGACACUGGAUGGAAGAACAAAAUAGACAGAUUUGUGACUUGAGGAAUGCUUUGAAUGCUCAUAUAACUGAUAUAGAGCUUCGAAUGCUAGUAGAAAGUGGCAUGAACCAUUAUUUUGAACUUUUCCGUAUGAAAGCAACUGCCACAAAAGCUGAUGUCUUCUAUAUGAUGUCUGGCAUGUGGAAAACAUCAGCUGAGCGCUUCUUCUUGUGGAUUGGAGGGGUUCGCCCUUCACAGCUUCUUAAGGUGCUUGGGCCUCAGCUUAACCCCAUGACGAAACAACAAUCUUUGGAUGUUUUGAAUCUUGAACAUUCAUGUCAGCAAGCGGAAGAUGCUCUUUCGCAAGGUAUGGAGAGACUCCAGCAAACUCUGGCUGAUACUGUAGCAGCUGGUCAACUGAGUGAAGGAAGUUGCAACCGGCAGAUGACUAAUGCGAUGGAGAAGUUGGAAGCUCUAAGGACCUUUGUGGGACAGGCUGACCAUGUUCGGAAGGAAACCCUGCAGCAGAUGUUACACAUACUGACUAUCCGCCAGGCAGCUCGAGGGCUGCUUGCCUUGGGUGAGUACUUCCAACGCCUUCGAGCUUUGAGCUCACUUUGGGCUACCCGCCCUCGUGAGCCUGCUUAGUCUCACCAUAGAAGAUGCUAUAAGCUCAAAAUCAGUGGCAUGCCUUGGCCAGCAUACCUGCCUCUCAGUAGUGUCGUUAUAAAGAUACGAUCCAAGUUGCUGACAAUUUUCAAUCAGCCUCCAGCCAUCGAGAACUUGUAUAUAUAAAUGGCCAUUUUAUCGAGGGGAAAUUUGUGAUCAAGGUAAUUUUUACUGCUUGUACGUUACCUUGUCUCAAAAGUUCAUAUAUUCAAAGAUUUAGAUUUGAGUUUUAGAGUUGGAACUUUGUCAUGUAUAUUGUUGUUGGAUGUAUUGUGUGUGGAGGUCUCGAAAGAAGUGCGCACUCUGUAAAAGCCUUCUUUGUGCUUUGAAAUGAACGUCUUUCAUCGUAA